GUUGCCCCUCAACUCCGUGUUGUGUCAGGCCGGGAUCUGCUGACUCGAAAAUCGACUCACACGACCGCCCAAGCCGCCAGGCACAUCGCUCGCUUCAAAUACAAUCCAGCCAAUUCUGCUGUUUGGAGUUGAAAUUUACCCUUCCCAUCCUUUCCAACUCUGAAAAAUGGCUGAACAACCCGCGAACUCUGCGCCUCCCCCGGCCGAGACGCCUGCUGCGGCGCCGCCUGCCACGGGCGGCGAGGGCGGUACCAUCUCCAAGAAAGCUGCCAAGAAGGCCGAGGCCAAGGCCAAGAAGGAGGCCGAAAAGGCGCGACGGGCCGCCGAGCAGGCAGCUGCCGCCGCCGCGUCCGCCUCCGCAGCGCAGGCCGAGGACCUCGCAAAAGACAACUACGGCCAGGAGACGCACGAGACGAAGCUGUCGGCUGACGCCAUGGAGAUCAACCUGAAGACGCUUGGCGAUGAGCACGUGGGCAAGAAGGUUGAGCUGCGCGCGUGGCUUCAGAACGCGCGCAUGCAGGGCUCCAAGAUGGCGUUCGUCGAGCUGCGCGAGGAGGGCAACUGGGCGAUCCAGGGCGUCGUCGCCGCGAGCCCGGAGGGCACCCCUGUCAGCCGGCAGAUGGUCAAGUGGGUUGGCGCCAUCAACCCCGAGAGCUUUGUUGUCGUCGAGGCCACGGUGCAGAAGCCCCUCGAGCCCGUCAAGGCCUGCCGCGUCUCAAACUACGAGCUGCACAUCACCAAGUGCUUCGUUCAUGCUGCUGCGCCGACGGUGCUCGGCAUGACACUUGCUGCGGCAAACCGACCGGUGGCCAACUUCAGCGAUGAGGAGGUCCCGGUCGAACAGGGGGUAGAGAAGCUCAGCCUUGCCUCGGCCGGCGACGCGACGGGCAUUCCGGCUGCGUCGAUGCUCACCCACCUUGACAACAUUGUCAUGCACAAGCGCUCGGCUGUGCAACAAGCAAUUGCUGACAUUCGCUCCGAGAUGAAGGAGCUGUACCGCUCCUACCUUCGGUCACAUGGCUUCAAGGAGUUCGAGCCGCCCUGCCUCAUCGGCGCGGCGUCCGAAGGCGGCGCCAACGUGUUCCGGCUGCCCUACUUCGAGAAGGAGGCAUAUCUGGCGCAAUCGCCGCAGUUCUACAAGCAGAUUGAGAUCGCGGGUGGCCGAAAGCGCGUGUUCAGCGUGGGUCCCGUCUUCAGGGCUGAGAACUCAAACACGCCGAGACACAUGACCGAGUUCACCGGCCUCGAUAUGGAGAUGGAAAUCAAGAAGGACUACCGCGAGGUCUUGGACGUGCUGGAAGGUGUCCUCCUCCACAUGUUCCGCAACAUCAAGGAGCGCUGCGCCGACGAGAUCGCCCUCGUCCGCUCCGUCUACCCGUCGGAGGAGUUCCUGCUCCCCGAGCCGGGUCAGGAGGUGCGGCUGACCUUCGCCGAAGGCCAGAAACUGCUGCGGGAGGAAGGCCCGGAGGAGUUCCGCAACGUCAGCGACGACGAGGACAUGAGCACGCCGCAGGAGAAGGCACUGGGCGCGCUGAUCCGCAAGAAGUACAACACCGACUUCUACGUGCUCGACAAGUUCCCCGAGUCGGCGCGGCCCUUCUACGCCAAGGAGGACCCGACCAACCGCAAGGUCACCAACGCGUACGACCUGUUCAUGCGCGGCCAGGAGAUCUGCUCCGGCGGCCAGCGCAUCAACGACCCGGUCGAGCUGGAGGCCCGCAUCCGCACCAAGGGCAUCGACCCGGCCAGCCCGGGCAUCAAGGAGUAUGUCGACAUCUUCAGGCAGGCGGGCGUCCCCGCGCAUGGCGGCGGCGGCAUUGGGCUGGACCGCGUGGUGGCGUUCUAUCUCAACUUGCCGAGCAUCCAUCUGGCGGCCUUCUUCCCGCGUACGCCGAAGAGGCUGCUGCCGUAAAAUUGGGGGUUCGGCUGCGGUUGUUGUUGUGGGAAAGAGAUGUCGAAGAAGACGCGAGAGGUGUUUUCAUGGGAUAUAGCUCCUUUGUGUGACGAGCGAGCGAGAUAGAGGAUACAUUAGGUGCAAUAGAUCCUGUGUGUAGUUGUUGUGAGAGAAGAAAAAAAUGGAUAAAAGAAAAAGGAGAAAAGAGAUGAGUGAAUGAAAAUAUUAUCCAUAUAUCUUGGAGCAGAAGCUCAGGGGUCCAUCACUUUGCUAGCAUUCACGCCAAAUACGUCAGGG